AUGGAGUCGAUCUCUCCCGUCUACUCGUCGGCCACGGAGAAGAGAUACUCUCCACCAUGGGCGGAUUUGAGUAUUAUUGGCAUUGCAGGCAGUUCGGGCUCUGGCAAGACAUCCGUGGCGAUGGAAAUUGUUAAAUCCUUGAACCUGCCAUGGGUUGUGAUUCUUGUUAUGGACUCGUUCUAUAAGAGUUUGACUCCAGAGCAACAUGCCAAAGCGCAUGCAAAUGAAUUCGAUUUCGACUGUCCAGAUGCAAUCGACUUCGAUGCAUUAGUACAGACCUUAAGGGAUCUCAAGCAAGGAAAGAAAGCAAAUAUUCCUGUCUACUCUUUUGCUCAACAUCAGCGCCAACCUCAGACGACUACUCUUUACUCGCCGCAUGUUUUGAUCCUGGAGGGAAUUCUGGCCCUCCAUGACCCGAGGAUCAUGGAAAUGUUGGAUGUCAAGAUUUUUGUUGAGGCAGAUAUGGAUGUUUGCCUUGGACGCAGAAUAUUGCGUGACGUUCGGGAGAGAGGAAGAGACAUUGAUGGUAUCAUUAAGCAAUGGUUUCAAUUUGUCAAGCCAUCGUAUAAGAAAUAUGUCGAGCCUCAGCGGUCGGUUUCGGACAUCAUCAUCCCCCGUGGAAUCGAGAACAAAACGGCCAUCGAUAUGGUCGUGAAACAUAUCCAGCGCAAACUCCAGGAGAAAUCUGAAAAGCACAGCGCAGACUUACAGAAGCUGGGGAUGAUUGCUUCAGAAGAACAAUUGUCUCCAAAUGUGCUCGUCAUGCCUCAGACCCCGCAGUUCGUCAGUAUGAACACAAUAUUACAGGAUCCCGGGACGGAACAGGUCGAUUUCGUCUUCUAUUUUGAUCGGCUUGCUUGUCUCCUGAUAGAGAAGGCCUUGGACUGCACUCGGUAUAACCCGGCGAAGGUCGAGACCCCUGAAGGGGCUGGUUAUCACGGAUUACAUCCGGAAGGUAUAGUGUCUGCUGUAGCAAUUUUGCGAGGUGGUUCUUGUCUUGAGACAGCUCUCAAGCGAACCAUUCCUGAUUGUAUUACUGGUCGCGUGCUCAUUCAGACGAACGAGCGGAACGAGGAACCAGAGCUGCAUUACUUGAAACUCCCAUCAGGCAUUGAAGAGCACGCCACGGUCAUGCUCCUUGAUCCUCAAAUGGCUAGUGGAGGAGCCGCCUUGAUGGCGGUUCGGGUCUUAGUCGAUCACGGAGUCGCGGAAGACAGGAUUGUCUUUGUGACGUGCGCUGCUGGAAAGAUCGGACUUAAGCGGCUCACCACCGUUUACCCUGAGGUCAGGUCUCACAUUCGCGCGGUCGCAUCCUCACUAGAGUCGAUUCUUUCAAAUCACUUUCCGUGGUACUUCCACGAUGCCCGACUCAAAGAAAUCGAAAAAGAGCGGCAAGGCCGACAAGCAGGCCGGCUCUAUUAUCAGUACGACCAACCUCUUUUCGCUCUUGAUCGCCAGGCUGUCGUGAUGCUGACUCUUGACUGUUUACUUCUAGCCGAUCCCAGAUUCGCUGGUAUCCAAACCGAUCCACGAUAUCGCCUUCCCAGCAAACGCCAGACCCAUGUGAAGCUCGACAAGCGUUUUGCGCACAUGCUGCGUGACAAGGAAUUCUCCCGGAAUGCCGCUGUUGAUCGCUAUGGACGCAAGCUCGCACGCGAUGACACGAAGAAGCAAUUGGAGAGAUUCUACCAGUUGGAGGGGGGCGAGGACGAAGAUGAGGAAGAUGAGGAAGAUGAAAUGGUUGCUGAUGACGAUGACGAGGUUCUCAAGGAGUUGAAGCGGGUAGAUAAGUCCUAUGAUCCUGCUCGGGACGGAGGUUUCUCAUCUUCGUCCUCGGAAGAGGAGAGCUCGAGUGAUGAGGAAAGCGAAGAAGAAGAGGAGGCGGAGGAGGACCAGAGUUUUGAGGAGCUGGAGUAUCCCGAUAAACAGCAGGUCGAUGUGCCGACGGGAGAGGUCACAAAUCGCAUUGCGGUGGUCAACCUGGACUGGGACAAUAUCCGGGCAGAGGAUCUGAUGGCUGUGUUUUCCAGCUUUGUUCCGACCGGCGGUCGGGUGUUGAAGGUCUCCGUCUACCCUAGCGAGUUUGGCAGGGAGCGCAUGGAGCGGGAGGAAACGGAGGGUCCUCCUCGGGAGAUUUUCGCUUCGAGCAAGCGCCAGGAGGGGGAGGAUGAGGAGGACGAAGAGGAUCUUGAUUCGGAAGAAGAGGAGGAGAAGAUCAAACAGUCGAUGUUGAAGGAAGAUCAGGGCGAGGAGUUCAACUCUACCCAACUACGAAAGUAUCAACUGGAACGACUGCGGUACUUCUACGCGAUCCUGACAUUCUCAAGCAAGGAUGUUGCGAAACAUGUCUAUGACUCCGUGGACGGAGCCGAGUAUCUAUCUAGUGCUAAUUUCUUUGACCUUCGAUUCGUACCGGACGACACGGACUUCUCCGACGACAAGCCGCGCGACGAAUGCGAACGGAUCCCGGACGGAUAUCAGCCGACUGAGUUCGUGACCGAUGCGCUGCAGCACAGCAAGGUCAAGCUUACAUGGGACGCGGAAGACAAGUCGCGCAAGGAAGCUCAAGCCCGAGCGUUCAGAGGCAGUCGCAAAGAUAUCGAUGAGAAUGAUCUGAAGGCCUAUCUCGCCAGUGAUAAUUCCGAUGACGAGGGAGAGGAAGAGGCGGUGGAAGUUGUUGAUACUACAAAGGGAGACGGGGCUAGUACAAAGGUCUCCAAGAAAGAGGAAGAGCGUCAGCGCACGCGGGCUCUCCUGGGCUUAGGUACAGAGCCUAUCAAGUCCUCCAAAUCAUCUGGCCCUGUCGGCGAAAUGGAGGUCACCUUCACCUCGGGCUUGGCUGGGGAGCCCAAACGCGACACCAUCUUCGAAAACGAGCCUGAGAAAGAUGAGACUACAAUCGAGAAGUAUGUGCGGAAAGAGCGCGAGCGCAAGAAGCGAAGAAAGGAGAAGCUCAAGGCUGCGAAGCGUGGCGACACUGAAGGGGACGAGAAGGGCCAGGCCAGCGAUGACGACGCGGCGUCUACAGGGGAGGGACAAGCUCUGCAGGAAGACUUGGGCUUCAACGAUCCGUUCUUUGACGAUCCGGAUGGCAAGGCCACUGCUGCCGCUCGUCGCAAGGAGGAGAAGCGCAAGAAGCGCGCAGAACGCGAGGCCGAGGAGGCAGCCAAUGCGGCUAAGCGGGCCGAGCUGGAGCUCCUGAUGCUGGACGACAACAAAUCAGGAAUCAAACACUUUGAUAUGAAUGAGAUCGAGAAGACACAGAAACAAGCCCGCAAGAAGAACAAGAAGAAGGCAAAGGAGCAGGCUCACACAGUCAUUGACGAUUUCCAGAUGGACGUCAGCGAUCCUCGUUUUGCAAGGUUGUUCGAGAGUCACGAGUAUGCCAUCGAUCCUACCAACCCGAAAUUCAAGGCGACAUCAGGCAUGAAAGCACUGUUGGAUGAAGGACGCAAGCGACGAAGGGAUCGGGACGACCGGGGGGACGAAGAAGCAGACAUCAGCUCGCGUGACAGGAAGAUGAAGAAGCAGAAGCAGAGCGCUGCAGGCAACGCUGGAUCGGAUGAUUUGAAGAAGUUGGUGGACAAAGUGAAGCGGAAGACACAACAGACUUGA